AAGAUUGUUCUCAUAGCCGCAGAUCAUAGUGCUAGCACGACAUUCAUCCUUUUUGGGAAAACAGCACAACGACUUGUUCGCAGACCUGUUGAGUCUCUAAUCGAAGAAAACCCGCCUGAUAAGGAUUUUCUACCAGAUGAAAUAUUAAAUCUUGUUGACCAAUCUUGGAAUGUGAGUUAUACACAGGAGGCCCUGAGGAGAAACCAAGAAUCACUGUAGGUCAACGGUAUCAUUUCCUCAGGCUCCUUAUCUACCCCACUCAUGCUGAUGAGUCCAUCCAGUUCCCACUCAGCAUCAGCCAAUGCAUCGGCAGAUUCAUCCUCCUCUUUGAAAGCACCGGCAUCGACAAGCGAAACGGCAGGGCCAUCGCACAUAUUAGACAGUGAUAAAGAGAUUACUGCGCUGCAGGACAGUCCAUCAACAUCCUUGAAAGCCUCUGUCAUUUCCACAGGACAACUGACACCAACAAGCAAACUCACCUCAGUAGACCUAGCAAAGAAAAAAGGUCUUGUCUCAAUCUGUCCAAAGCCAUCGCCACUGCCACAACCAUCCAAUGAUCCAAAGAAAUCUGCUACCUCUAAAACAUACGCUCAAAAAGAAACCUAUCAUGCAUCUCCUGCUACAACACACAUAUCUGCGCCUCAAAAGAAGGACUCAAUAUCACAAGAUGAUGAUCAGCCUGCCCAAUCAUCUGCAACUGGCAAGCCAUCUACCAAGAAAAGGGCACGAUCUCUGUCUCCAUCUGCACCUGUUAAAAAGCUAUUCAAACAAAGCGGUACUGAACCAAGCAACUAAAAAGCCCUUCACAGAGGCUGGAGAGUAUUUUGGGGCCAUGUAUAUAUUCUACCUUGCUACAUACCAGAAAGUCGACAGGCACCAUGCAAUCACUGCUAUAUUGCGCAUGCUCUACUAUAUAUCGUGCAAAAUACCUUGUCUGGCCAUACUUUCUUUUGCUCAAAACCUCUCUGUACUGAAAUGCCUUGUAUGACUAUAGUUCCUUUUGCUAGAAACGUCUUUGUAUUUUGUGUACAUACUAGCCUUGCACUUUACGUGCAUACCAACUUAUUAGUUAGCAGUGCCACUCUAUCCAAUAUCAUGAAUGCAUGUAUGAUGCAUUAUCCAAUAUCAUGUAUGCCUCUAUCUUGCACUUUAACCGUCUGCACGCCAUCUACAUGCAACCAUUCGUAUCCUUUGAAUGCAUCCUGGAUGAAGGAAAAAAUUUCUC